AUUCUUCUUUUCAUCUGAAAAUUUAUAAUUUUGGAAAAGAAAUAAUGGGUAGUUUUUGGACUUUGAUCACUUACCUUCAUGCUGUGGCUGGGCCAGUGACGAUGUUGCUCUAUCCUCUGUAUGCAUCAAUUGUAACUAUAGAGAGCACUUCUAAGUUGGAUGAUGAACAAUGGCUUGCCUAUUGGAUUCUAUAUUCUUUUCUUACACUUUUAGAGAUGCUAUUUCAACCCAUCCUUGACUGGAUCCCAAUAUGGUAUGAUGUGAAGUUGAUUGCUGUUGCAUGGUUAGUUUUGCCCCAAUUUAGAGGAGCUACUUUUAUAUAUGAGACAUAUGUUCGAGAAAAAAUAAUCAAGAAAUAUGGAGAAUCACAGCACUAUUAUAAAUCUCCUGAUCAUGGAAAGGCCAAAAGGAAAUCUGUUCACUUCAUGUCUCCAAAUAAGGAAGAAGAUGAAGCUUACUAAAGGGGCAUACAAGCGAUGCUACAGCAUGGAUUAUCUAUUUAUGAUGAGUCUUCAGUUUCUUGUUCAUAAAAAAUAAAAAUAAAAAAUGCUUAAUGUAAUUAGAGGCUUGCAUCGACUGGUCUUAUACUAUAUGAUAUGCAAGUUUGCUGUUGUAAUUUUGACACAGGAAGCAAACUUUUUAUUGUGGACAAGCUUCUUUGAUCAGC